AUGUUCAGCCGGUCGGGAUACCAGGCCCUUCCCUUGGGAGACUUUGACCGCUUCCAGCAGUCCAGCAUUGGGCUCUACGGUGCCCAGAAGGGCUGCUUCUCCUUCGGAUCCAAGCAAGACCCUCUGGGGCCGGCCGGGAAUACCGCAGAUUCCUCCCAGGGCUGGCUGUCCUGGAUCUGCCAUGGGAUUAUCACCUCCUUGGUCUUCUUGCUGAUGGCUGUCACCUUCCCCAUCUCAGGAUGGUUUGCCUUGAAGAUCGUGCCCACCUACGAGCGAAUGAUCAUCUUCCGCCUGGGCCGCAUCCGGGCGCCGCAGGGACCCGGCGUGGUCCUGCUGCUGCCCUUCAUUGAUCACUGGCAGCGAGUGGAUCUGAGGACGAGGGCCUUCAACGUGCCCCCCUGCAAGCUGACCUCCAAGGACGGGGCGGUCAUCUCCAUGGGCGCCGACGUCCAAUUCCGGGUGUGGGACCCCGUGUUGUCCGUCAUGAUGGUGAAGGACCUCAUCGCAGCCACCCGGAUGACAGCGCAGAACGCCAUGACCAAGACCUUGGUGAAGAAGAGCCUCCGCGAGAUCCAGGUGGAGAAGCUGAGGAUCGGGGAGCAGCUGCUGCUGGAGAUUAACGACAUGACCAAGUCCUGGGGCCUGGAGGUGGACCGGGUGGAGCUGAGCAUGGAGGCAGUGCUGCAGCCACCCCGGGAGAACCUGGUGGGCCCUCUGGCCACCAUGCCACCCGUGCCCGGGCUGGAGGGGCUGGAUGGCACCGUUCAGCAGCUGGCUGCCCAUUUCUUCAGCAACACCCUGGCUCUGGCAGGCAGCGGGACUGGCGCUCCAGAGGCAGCAGACAGCAUGGAGACGGUGAACGAGGUGGAGCCUCCCACCGCUCCCCUCCUCGCCACCGCCGGCAGCGCCCGGAGGAAGCCCAGCGCAGACGAGCUGCUCUCGGCGGUGGAGCCCAUCCUCUCCGAGGCCCUGGUCAGCCAGGUGGGAGCAUCCUACCAGGUCAACAUCGCCCUGCCCAGCGGCGCCCAGAGCACCUACUUCAUAGACCUCUCCUCAGGCAAGGGGCGAGCUGGCUGUGGCGUGCCCGAGUGCAGCCCCGACGUCGUUCUGGAGGUGGCAGAGAAAGACCUGCAGGACCUCUUCUUGGGCGACCUGCGCCCCUUGAGUGCCUACAUGAGUGGGAGGCUGCAGGUGAAAGGUGACCUGCACCUUGCCCUGAAGCUGGAGGAGCUCGUCAAGGCGAUGGAGCAACGUAGAUAG